AUCUACGGAAUAGCUGACUAUAAAAAAGUCAAUUUGUUUGUUAUCACAAAUACAGUUCGUAGAAAGUCAUUAAAAAUACUUUAUGUACCAUAUGUUUCAAGGCUAAAGUAGAAAUAUAUCAGUCUGAAAUCUACAAGCAAACAACAUUUACAACAACAACAACAAUUACUUUUAUAUUAAGGGGCGUGUCCAAAAGUCCAUUACUGACUCACAAGUUCAAACAUUAGAAAAAAGUCAACAUAGCCUUUAAAAUAUAGCAAUUAUUACUACUUAUUUGUUUCGUUCUUGCUCGUCAGGUGUUAGAACCUAACUUUCAGGUGAAAAAGUCACAAAGAAAAUACCCCCUGUACAAGUAACAAGCAUUUAACCGCAAUAAAACAUUCAUAGGCACAUCGUUAACUUUCCUAAUAAUUAGGGCUUGUCAAAAUCGAUACACAACCGUAUAAAUAGGCACACUAUUUUAUUUUCCCUUCAGUGUGUCACUAGCUUUCAAGGGAGCAAGACUUCAACAACUAAAACCUACAAAUUUGUAUACCAAGUAUCAAGAUUGCUUCAAAAAUGAGUUUCUCUGACAAAGUCGUCAUAAUAACGGGAGCGAGUUCGGGUAUUGGAGCAGCUACUGCUAUCCUCUUCUCUAAAGAGGGGGCUAAUGUAGUCCUCGUGGGAAGAAACGAGACAAGACUAGAUGAAGUCGCUCAGCAAUGCAAGGAUCCUUUAAUCGUGAAAGCUGACGUCACAGAUUCUGAAGACGCUAACCGAAUCAUUGAAGAAACGAUUAAUACGUAUGGGAAAAUAGAUGUACUUAUAAACAACGCAGGGAUAGUCAGAUAUGGGGGAAUUUUGGACGAAAAUAUUCUGGAGGCUUUCGAUGCUAUGAUGAACACUAACCUACGAUCCUUGGUCAACAUGACACGACUAGCUGUCCCAUACUUGAUUGAUACGAAAGGCAACAUUAUAAACAUAUCGAGUAUUGCUGGAAAAAAUGUUCGUGAUCCGAGGAUAGUCGCUUAUGGAGUGACUAAAGCUGCUGUCGACAAUUUCACUAAAGGAGUUGCUUUGGAGUUGGCGAAGCAUGGAGUCAGAGUCAAUGCUAUAAGUCCUGGGCCAGUUAAAACUGAGAUUCUGGUGAACGCGGGUGAUGAUACCCCUUGGGAAGCGUUUGAUGCUUUCAUGCCUUUGGGUAAAGUUGGUGAGCCUGAUGAUAUAGGUCACCUGGCGUUAUUCUUGGCUAGUGACAAGGCGAAUAGUAUUACAGGCGUUGAUUAUAUUUGUGAUAACGGUGUGAUGUUGAAGUAGGAGAAAUUUG